AUGAAUGCGCCCACUUGUAUCAUCAUCAUCAUCAUCAUCAUCAGCAUCAUCUGCGCCUGCAUUGCAGCUCAUCAUGAUUUGCAUCGCCCAGCACCACUUCUGAUGGGUGACAUCAGUGCGUGCCCUCUCCAGUCCAGCCCCAAUCCUCCCUCCUCCUGGUGGUCCCGGCAGUCAAGCAAGCCUGGGCCUAAGCUCACAGCAAUUAGCGAAUCCUCACUCGAGAAGACUCUGACCUUGGUGAUGUGGCUUUAUCCCGCAUCUCAACUUUCAGUAUCUCCAGACCUGGUCACCUUUCUCAAGCGGCCGCUCGUCGAUUCAACUGUUGGUCGACCCGGUUCCAAGGUUCACUGGGUUGUUAGAAGCGGGUAUUUCGCAUAG